AUGAGCCAAGGGACGCAUCUGCAUAUUUCCACACACCCGCUCUUUAAAGGGCUUGGGGACAGGCAGACAAGUCUGCUGCCCGGGCAGGUGCGCACUCCAAACCUCCCUGCAUACUCGCCCAUCACCGACUGGGCCGCAACCAGCACGGUGUGGGACGAGGAGGAAGAGACCGGCACAAGGGGGAAAGUAGCCGUGAGUCGCGAAGACAGCCAAUGCCCGCCGUCCAUCACGACACCACUGCAGAUGUACCAAAAGGGCGAAGUGUGGAGUUCAGAGGGCGGUCUUAACAGAGGAGCCUCAUGCAGCUUCGUGGAUGUUCCUCAGCAGCUCUCUAACACGGCGGCAAAAGCAGGCAACGCGAGCAACAGUACGUUCCUUUUACCGGCCGCGACGACAAAAAAGGGGGCUGGAGUGCGACUAACGCCAGCCAAUACGACAUCUGAGAACAAGACAUCCGCCGUGAGUGAGGCUUCUUUGAUGACAUCGGGGGGUACAUUGAAUCGUCAGGAAAAAGUGGAAGAGGGGGAGAGAAUGGUGGUGAGAGAGGGGGCGGUGGUAGAAGGUGCUGCACCCGCAUCCUCGUUAAAUCCAUCUCCCCCGCCGGCCGAAUCGACGUACACGGCAAGCCGCAUCAAAUAUUGUCCCACACCCUCACGUCUCGUCUCCAGCCUAGAGGAUGUUGCGGCGAGUGUGAUUGCAGCAGCAGGGCUGCCCAUGUCAAUUGUCUCCUUGGUGGAUUAUAUCAUGAAGGGCCAAUUACAACUGCCGCAGCCGUUUGAAGGAGGCAACGAGGGUGGGAUGAAUCAUUCGUGCACGCAGAUUCACCUGCCACCACACGGUUGCUCAUGGGAACACCCGAGCCAAUUCAACGGCGGCGUGUCGUUUGUGGCUGAUGGUCAACGACAGCUGCCGCCGUCGAUGAUACCUCCUCGGGCUGUGCAGCAAUCCGCUCUCUUUGCCUCUAUUGCGCCCUCCGUCCGAGCCGUCCCUAACGUCGUUCCAGCAAAGAGGAAGAGCCAAAGUGAGUCUCUGAGCGAUCUGCUGUACUUCCAUGCGAACUUUUUUCCACCACCUCCUCCACCGCGCGUCCCAAAGCAAACUCGCCGCAGCCGUGCGGAGCUUUGGUAUCAUUUCGCCUCCAAGUGGGAUAUUACACACCGCCUGCCGCCACCACCCCGCACCCCGCUGCCCGAGAUGGAGCUGGAGCAGCGGGAAAAUUUAUUGAGACUCAGCCGCACCCCUUACCAUGGUGACACAUGGCUGAAGGUAUGUGAGCGCUGGUUUGAGGUGACCAAACAACAAUUCGAUUAUCCUCCUGCAAACACAGCGGUUCCUAUUCCGCGAAUUUUUGUGCUGAGUCAAGUUGUCGCAUCUUGA